GCGAAUGCGCCUGCUUCGCACGGUAUGCCACUCUCAAGAGGCUCACGCAACGAUCCACGGACGCAUCGGCGUCAGCUGACGGAGACGCUAGCGCCGCUCGACGCCUAGCGCGCGCUUUCGAUCGAAGCUCGUGACGUCACACGUUGUACCGGGACUCCGAAGCCGAGGCGGCGAUCAUGGCGGCGGAGGGUUGAACCACGCCAGCGGACUCCGGCGGUUGGAAGUCGCGUACUACCUUACUCCCACGCACGGCAGCGAUCCCCCGCUGGUGGUGGUCGCGGCGGACGGAUCAGUUCCGGCAGCAGCAGAGCCAGCAGCAGCAGCCAUGCCACGGCUGGGACACUACAGCGAGAAGUACGAGCUGAACGGCAGCGGCUCCGAGCAGCCGGCCGCCUCGUACGGUUCCUUCCGAAGGGACGAGCAGGGGGCGCUGCUCAGCCACGACCACCUGUUGAACGCCGCCGACGACGAGCUGGAGUCGCAGGCCAGCGACCAUGGUCUCGUGAUGGGGCCCGUCCAGACCCAGGCGCCCCUGUUCUUCCGCGACGGAAAGCGAAGGAUCGAUUACGUGCUGGUGUACGAGGACAGCGAAGGAGCACGACUGGGCAAAUACGAUGAGUGGCGGUCCACCUUCAUGGCCAAUCUGCGGCAGGCCGGACUCGACAUGGAGGAGGAGCUGGUGGAGGGCGACAACAAGUCGACGCACUUCAUCAAGCUCUCGGUGCCGUGGCCCGUGCUGCUCCGCUACGCCGAGGAGCUCUGCCUCCGCGCCCCGCUUCAGGCACACCCAAAUCCGAGCGUCAACUGGUCUGCGGGCGUGCUGGCGACGCUACGCAUCCCCAACAUUAUGGAGGCAGACGUUCCCAACAAGCCGCUCGACUAUUACACCUGUACCUUCAAGUGCUCCAAGCUGGACAGGUUUCUGGGCAGCGACAACCAGGACGAGUAUUUCACGGUGACGCAGCGGGUGUGCGUGGCCUACGAAAUCUUGCAGACGGCGCGCUACGGAGCGCGUCGCAAGGCGCAGAUCGGCAUCGACCGACUCAUCGAGGAAGGAGUCUACGCAGCCGCAUUCCCUUUGCACGAGGGCGACUACCGAAAGCCUGCGGGCAACGUGCCACCAUCUACGUGGAACCGGCGUCAGGUGUUGUACGAGUACUGGGCGCGCUGGUCGUGCUGGUACAAGUACCAGCCACUGGACCACAUCCGAGAGUACUUCGGCGAAAAGAUUGGCAUCUACUUCGCCUGGCUUGGGUUCUACACUGGCUGGCUACUGCCUGCUGCCGCCAUGGGUUUCCUCGUGUUUCUUUACGGCAUCUUCACCAUCAGCAACGAUGGCCCCACGAACGAGGUAUGCAACAGCGACAAGAAGUACCGCAUGUGCCCGCGCUGUGACGAGAAAUACGGCUGCGACUACUGGUACAUCAGCGACAACUGCAUCUUUACCAAGAUCACCUACCUGUUCGAUCACCCGGGAACCGUCUUCUACGCCAUCUUCGUCUCCUUCUGGGCCGUGACGUUUCUUGAGUACUGGAAGAGGAAGUCCGCCAGCCUGGCCCACCAUUGGGACUGCAUGGAUUUCGAGGAGGAAGAGGAGCGUCCUCGGCCCGAAUUCGCUGCCAGAGCAUCUCACGUCGAGCGCAACCCAAUCACGGGGGCCAAGGAACCGGCCUUCCCCGCCCGUGUGCGCAAGCAGAGGGUCGCCGCUGGCGUCGCCAUCUUGCUUCUCAUGAUUGCGCUGGUGCUGGUGUUCAUGGUGUCGGUGAUCGUGUACCGAGUGCUGGUGUCGAUCCCCCUGUUCCGGAGUCAAUCGUUCAAGGGGCUCGCUUCGGUCAUUGCCAGCAGCUCGGGCGCGUUCGUCAACCUCAUCUUCAUCAUGAUCCUCGGAAAGGUCUAUGAACGACUCGCAUAUCGGCUCACGCAGUGGGAAAUGCACCGCACGCAGACGGACUUCGACAACAACCUCACACUCAAAGUGUUCCUGUUCCAGUUCGUCAACUUCUAUUCGUCCAUUUUUUACAUUGCCUUCUUCAAGGGCCGGUUCGUUGGUUACCCGGGAAAAUAUGGUCACCUUCUUGGCCUACGGAAUGAAGAGGCAAGUAUUGUAAUAACCUGCAGCGGCAGCGACUGCCUGUCGGAGCUUGCCCAACAGUUGGCGAUCAUUAUGGUGGGCAAGCAGAUGAUUAACAACGCACAGGAGAUCCUCGUACCGAAGAUAAAGGCGUGGUGGCAUCGUCACAAGACCAAGCUGGUGUACCGUGAAUCACUAACGCGCUGGGAGCAGGACUAUCGACUCAUCCAAAACGAGGGUCUAUUCCAGGAAUAUCUGGAAAUGGUGCUGCAGUUCGGCUUCAUCACCAUCUUCGUGGCAGCAUUCCCGCUGGCACCGCUGUUCGCGCUGCUCAACAACUGGGUCGAGAUCCGGCUCGACGCGCAGAAGUUCGUCUGCGAGACGCGCCGGUGCGUGCCUGAGCGCGCCCAGAACAUCGGCAUAUGGUUCUCCAUCCUCGAGUUCCUCGCCAAGGCAGCCGUCAUCAGCAAUGCGUUCCUGAUCGCAUUCACCUCUGACUUCCUGACGAGGACAAUGUAUCGGUAUGAAUUCGACUGGGACCUCAAGGGCUACGUCAACUUCACGCUAGCGCAUGCGCCCAAAGGUUCGCUAUCACUACCCUGCAGGUACCGUGACCUGAGGGAUGAGAACGGCAACUGGACUUUCUUCCAUUGGAAGCUGCUGGCUGUGCGACUAGCUUUCGUCAUUAUAUUUGAGCACGUGGUCUUCUGCGUGUGCCGACUUAUUGACCUGGUGGUGCCUGACAUCCCAAGCCAGUUGGAGCUGAAGAUCAAGCGCGAGCGAUACCUGGCCAAGCAAGCGCUCGCCGACUCGGAGACCAUCAUGAAGGUGGCGCAAAGAAAGGACGACGACGAUGACGAAGACGCGGAAGCACCAGCCGUCUGAAGAGCCUCGCUCUAAACAGGAAUACAGCAUCAAGGACUGGAGCCACGGGCAGAGCUGGCCAAGACUACAGCACGCGCCGGGAGCUGGACGCAUGCGCACUUUGUCUCCUGCAGGCUGUUAUCCCGAUGGUUGUAAUUGCAAGGCUUUGCGCGCCCUGCCUAAAGAGUGCUCGCGAGCUACCAAUGCAACAUUAAGCUCAUGAAGCCUCCAAGGAAAUGGUACCUUUUACCAUCGAGCACGGAGUUUCUACAGGUACUUCAUGGGAAUCCUAUAUUACUUCCAGUGCCAUAGGAGAUUUGAAUCAACAUACGCGCUCCUGGAGGAGGCCAUUGAAAGUUGAGGGAGAAAAUGUUGCACACCUAACCAGUGAACUUGACGAAAUUUUAUUGGAAAGCUGGUGCAAUAUCGCGCCCUCUGUCUCAAGUGCGAGUUUAUGCAUCGGGAAGUUCAACUUCACUAAUUUGGCCACGUUAGUCUAAAGCAGGUCGGUACUAUCUGCACAUUUUGUAUACUGAGUGGUGCACCGCCUGCAGCAAGGCAGGCAUAAAUGGUUCUCCCGGCUAAUUCACCAGAUCACCCGGGCUGAAGUCUUGUACUCAGGUGGCCUUUAGUUGUGAUUGUGUUCAAUAUCAAGUUCAGGUGCUGUACUUGUCUCUUUCGUCCUAGAGCGAUCGAAAGCAGAUGAAACGCAGGGUGGUGAACCACAAAUAUUUCCGGCUUACUGCUUUGCCCGGGAAAUUGUGAAAAUGAAUUUUAAGAGGAAAAGAAGGACAGUGUGUAUCGUCUCCCGUGAAGCCGGGCCGAAAAUGCAGGUUUUCUCAAUAGGAAUUAUUACUUCACCCCCGAUGGCUACGAUGGUGAAGCACCAUCCUGAAAGUAGAGAGAGGUUUGACUACAGAAGCGACGGGUACUUCUGCUCUUUCUCGUGAGAGAAACUUGCAUUUGGCAUUCUCGCAGACAACCAGCAUUUCGGUCUCCUCGACGAAAGAGGCAGGUGACGCAGAAAAACUUGAUUUCAGACAAAAGCCACCGCAAGAUAUCGCAUCUGUGCAAAACUUUAGCUCGAAUGACCGGUCUCCGUCUGCAAUGCAACGUUUAAUGUUGAAUGCGCUUAGGAUAAAGUGUAAUUAGGUAGACAAUUGAGCCGGCGAAGUGAAAAUGCGUCUCGGGCUCAGGUGGUCGACGUAUAGCCUGUCGGUCUUGACCUCAGGGCACUCUUCCACCGGAUGUGACAGUUGUAAGGAGCUAAUUUUAGAAGUCUGAACCGGUUUCAGCCAUUCCAGCACAAGUAAGUACGACCAAGAAAUGGUGUUCAUCAUUCCUCGUGAACGUUUGUCUUGUGACGAAGGAAACUAACUUUGCGGCCAGGAGCUGUUAAUUGACCCACACCCAGCUGGCUGUUGAUAAGUGUGGUACUUUUGCUCCCUGUUGGUCGUGACAUGUUGUGAAGAUCAUAUCAUACCAUGAGUCGCGGGUUCAGAACAUGUUGUUAUAAACGCGCUCACUCACACACAUACUCAUCCGAAGCUUUCUGGACAUUCCCUCGGGUGCAGCUUCCCUCGAUGUGCCAGGUGAUGGUCAGGGAUAUUCAAUAAUUGCGUCACAAGACCAUUCACGCUCCAGGUUUGAAAGCGUCCUUCUCCAGACUUUCCUAACCUUUCUGCGCAUUACAAGUGAGAAUCGGCUAACGUUUCUCGCUUCAUGACAGCUGCCUACAUGCAUGCAUGUAGACAUGUGUACACACGUGCAUGCCUACAAGCCGAAAUGCAUGCUUUUAUAUUUUUUAUAUUAUUUUCUUUAAUUUUAUUUUUUCGGUAUGGCUUGUGGCAAAUUGUCCUCAUUAAAAACAUAUCUGCCCAAAUAAUAAGGGCCGCGAAAUUCAACCAAAUGCUUUAACAGUGACAACACGCGGCCAGAUGCAUACGAAGUAACACCAUUCUAAGCUUUGGAUGCCUGAAAUAAACCUUUACUCGCGAUCACACCUAGCAGAUUAUUAUUUUUUAGUACCACGAGGUUUGCGGUUUCCUUUGUGGACGACGGAGCGUCUUUCAUUCUUAUCACUGUUAAUAGUUGUAGUGAUUUAUGACUAUCGGAAAUAUCACGCUGAAUGCGGCGGGGCUCAUGAAAUAAAUGUUACAAAGCACUUAACUCGAUCUGUGGUUGGAGCAGAUUAUCUAAAGAGGCCUCGAAAAUGAACGGUUAUAUAAGGCUUAUUGCUACCGUUUAUACGACUCAUGCUUGCCCCACUGAUAUAAAUUCAUGCCAACGUUCGUCGCCUUGGUAUCCUUUGCUGUCAAGGGCUAGCUGUGCCGUGAUUUCUUUUUUUGUUUAUCUUCUUUUCUCCUCAUCUUUUCUGCCAUUACUCCAUCCCCCUGUGCAGAGUAGCCAAUCUGGUUAACCUCUCUGCCCUUUCACCUCUAGUUAUUUCUUUCUCUCGCUCUCACUGCUCAGUGGCGCAUUGGCGUUGAUAUGGAGAGAUACUUUGCUGGUAUCUAGGUUGACAUAUUUUCGCUUCAUAUUUGCACCUCAAGUUACGUCUUAUACAUACAUUACAGAAAAACGAAACUCCCGGUCGAAACCAAUGCUUCUAGGGGACAUUAUAUAGCCCUGUCUUCGACAUUCAGAUACGCCGACCUUCCUUCCUAGAGUUGCCUAAGAGAAGCGCUUCGCGAUGCCACAAGUCUGCUUUCUCACUGUUGUCAUUCCCAACAGCCAUUUCGAGGCACUCUUCCAAGCUACUACCGCGUCCGCGUUUGUUGCAUGUCACCACCGCUUCUCCAGCCGUGGAUAACUCUGUUCUAGGCUAUUUGUCUCACGUCAUAACAGCGGUAUCCACCAGCCCUGUGUCCUCUAAAGCAUGUUGACCGCCUAAUGUUUGGUAUGAUGUAUGGUGAACUUUUCCACGUGAGCAAUUUUACUGGGAUGAAUGAAGUCCCUUCGUCUUCAUCCGCGGGAGUAAAUCUUGCACGAAUUGGCUCCCGGUGACCAAAUGCCAGAUAAUCAACCGCUUGUGUACGCUGGCGCUUUUACUUAACGCUGGCCUGAUUUUAAGAGUGCCAGCAAUGCCUGAUGUUUACGCGGAUGUGCCGAGCACACGGCGUCCGCCACCCACGUUAACUGUUAUGCGCAUUUCCCGGACACCAGUCGUAAGCUAAACCCUUCGAGAUACUCACUGUUGGCCAACAGCUAAACGCGCGUUUUGCUACACUUGUGCGUGCGUGACAUCCCCGUCAAUGAGCGACGUGCACGGUGUAGGCCGCGCACCUACCUUCGAUUCUCAUCUCUACAGUACAAGAGACGUGCUUGUUUUACGAUUGGAACUGGAGGUGACACUCGACCAUAAGGUUGUUUCCUCGAUAGCUGUUAUUGUCAAUUCUCUACAGCGCCUAUUUAUGCAGCUCACAAAUUUAUCACUGAUGUUAUUGUUGCACAAUUUUUUAAUGGGCUGUUGUCAACAUGACUGUGUGGUUUUGCUGUACAUACAUUUUGUAAUAAACCCGCUCCUUGUUGUGUCAGUGUC